AUGGAUGUUUUCAACGAAUUGUGGUCUAUUAAUUUAAAACUAUCUACAGGUCCUGAUGGUAUUUCUGCAAGGUUCUUAAAAGAAUGCUCAUUUAUUUUGUCACCUAUUAUAACUUUUUUAUUUAACAAAUCUUUAAAAACUGAUAUUUUUCCUAACAUAUGGAAAUUUUCAUUUGUAUCUCCAAUUUAUAAAAAAGGGAAUAAAUUAUUAGUUACAAACUACAGGCCAAUUUUUAAAAUUUCAAUACUUCCAAAGAUAUUCUCUAAAUUGGUUAACAAACAAUUAUUUCCUUUAUGUGAACGUUUAUUUUCAAACGAACAACAUGGAUUUCGUCCAGGGCGAUCAUCGUUAACCAACCUAGGUAUUAUCAAACAAUUCAUCUUAGAAUCAAUUAAUAUACAAGCUCAAGUCGAUGUAAUCUAUACGGAAUUUGAAAAAGCGUUUGAUAGAGUUAGUCAUUCUCUUUUAUUAAUUAAACUAAAAAAAUUUGGUUUCGACAAUCCGUUACUUUCAUGGUUCGAAUCUAUCUUAACCAACCGAGUCCAAGCAGUCAAAUAUGAAAAUCAUAUUUCCGAUCAAAUAAAUAUAUCAUCAAGUGUCCCCCAAG